AUGACGAGCUUCGCCGACGUCUUCCGCCCGUCGCUGCAGGCGGCGGCUCUCAUGGCCGAGUACCAAGACGGUCUCUUCGAGGACGUCCGCGCGUACAUGGCGGACUUCCGACGCCAUGCCCGCGAGCACACGGAGACCAAGCCGCAAGGCUACGAGGUGACCAUCUACCCGAGCCGGCUCCACGAUGGACCUGCGUUCGGUCUCAACUGCAGCGACCUCCUUCUCGGUAAGCUCGCUCGCCAGUGCACUUUGCGGCGCGCCAAGGCGACCUAG